AUGCGGUGGAAUCACGAUCAAGAUUAUUUCUCCUUCAGCAUUCACAAUUUCAAAAUGAUCCCUACCAAACGUGGGGUGCUAUCCAUGAUCGCCAGAAUUUUCGAUCCCUUAGGACUGUUGGCGCCAGCAACAUUCUAUGCCAAGUCGAUCAUGCAACGAGUGUGGGUCGCACAGAUUGGUAGGGACGAUCAACUUCCAUCGGAUAUAGCUGAGGAUUGGUGUGAUUUCUAUCAGUCCUUAGGCUGGCUUGUCGGAAUUAAGAUUCCACGCUACAUCGGCUGCUCCGCUGGAUGUAGCUAUGAUUUGUGCGGUUUCUCUGACGCGUCCACGAAAGGAUACGCGGCGAUUGCUUACCUUCGUGUCACGGCCAAGUCAGGAAGUGUUGGUGUCUUUCUGCUCGGGUCCAAAACGAAGUUAGCUCCAAUGAAAACCUCCUCAAUUCCACGGCUCGAAUUGAGUGGAGUAGUGCUACUGGCUCUAUGGAUGGGAAGAAUUAAACGCGCUCUGGAACCCCACGUUGAGAUCUCGAAUAUCUUCGCCUGGUUGGACUCAACCAUUGUGCUCUCAUGGUUGAGCAACCCCCAUACCUCGUUCAAGACUUUCGUGUCUAACCGUAUCUUCCAAAUUCAAACCACCAUUCCUGCUUGCCAGUGGUUACAUGUUCGGUCGGAGUACAACCCUGCAGAUUGUGCUUCUCGAGGACUUCGCCCGUCUGAACUCAAGGAGGCGGCAUUGUACUGGAAGGGACCAAACUUUCUGUUAUCGAGUGUCGACAGUUGGUCAACGGGAAUCAUCAGGCUAAAUCUGGAUCAGCUGCCGGAAGUGCAGCCAGUGUAG